AUGCAUAGAACGUUCACUCUCACUGUAAGACAACAACCUGAAAGAGCUAGAUUAUGUUCAUACAAGGAAGAGAACGAGACUAUCGACAGAAGGCCGGUGGAUCCGCCUCCCGUAGUAGAACUGUCAUCUAAUCAGAUACCUCUUGAUCAUCUACUCGAAUCUACGUCAUUUUUCAUCCGAGCUACUAUAGUCUCCGCUACACCCGUCAAAGUACCAUUCCCAGAUCAUGGUCUACCAUCGAUACUGGAACCAUACUAUCAAGCGAUCAAAACCCCAACGGGCGCAGAUGCGACGACCGGAGAGGUGAUACAGACACCCGAGAAAUUGAGGUUGUUAGAUGGUAAACCAGGAGCGAUCUGUAUCUUUGCAAAGUUGUCGGUCAGAGUACCGGGAAUCUUCAGGUUGAUGUUCACUUUGUACGAUACGACAGAGACUGGCGUGGUAGAAUUGUCGCGUACGGUAUCUGAACCAUUUGAAGUUUUCUCACCCAAGUUGUUCAAGGGGAUGCACGAGUCUACGCCUCUUACCAGACAUCUGGCAGCUCAAGGUGUGAAAGUGAAAUUGAGGACGGAUACCAGUGUAGGAAGACAAUCCACCAGUAGGAAACGUACACCUGCCAAUAGCCAAACAAGCAGUAGCAUGUCGAUAGACAGAGCCCCUUCAGCAUCCACCACCACUCCCAAACCCAGCAUAUCACAAUCAUCCUCUUCAUCUUCCAUUCGCCAUUCUCCACUUAGUAGACCGAGGAGCAUCUCCCAGCAGCAUUCACCUAGGACUACCGCUUUGACAUCAACGAGAUCGUUGGUAUGGAGACAACCCAUGGACUUUUACGAUUAUGCCAACCAUGACGAUCGACAACCUCAGACGGCUGUCCCUGGACCUGGACCUACGACACUGAGGAAAAGGAGAUUCGUAGAUGAUGGAUUGAUACCGUCAUUAAAGGAGAUCUCGUCCAAAUAUGACUUUACGCCCACACCGCCAGCUACCGAUCUAGCAGCGUUCUCCUUAUCUCGGAAGAGGGCUCAUGAAUCACCGUCUUACCGCCCAUCUUCAAGACCGCCAUCACCUCCUAAUGUCUUCAUUCCUUCGCCUACACCUUUACCUUUCCCCACGUCAAUAUCAUCCCAUCGAUCCUCUGACGCGUCAAUGUAUAAUCCUAACAAUACCACUUCAUCCACAUCUUCGGUUACAUCCAAUUAUAAUUCUCCGCUUUCGAUAAAUGGCAGAUCAGCUCAAUCAUCUGUAUCUUCAGUCGCACCUUCACCAUUUCCCCGUUUGAAUAUCGGCCCCGGAGAUGACGGAAUCCCGAUUUUACCUCUACCGAGCAUGUUUCGAGCUUCCAGCCGGUCUCCCGCGCCGUUCGUCCCGCCUAGUGUCGAUCAGAUACUAGAUCGUGACAGGGAUGGAAUACAUCGACCACCCUCUGCUCCCAUCACACCCAUCACAGCUGCCGCACAGGCACCUGGCUAUGUUGCUAAUGCGUCUGGCAUAUCGCCGCGUGCUCUUGCUUCACCGCCCUAUGGUCAGCCGUUUGGCCAAGAUGCAGGUGGAGAUGAGCGUUCACCUUACCAGAGGGCUAUGCAGCGGCCAUUGACUUUACCGCCUAUUAGACCGGCGGAGAGGAAUGAUAAUUUUGUGGCUAGACGGUGA